AUGGUGUCUUUGAAGCUUCAGAAACGUCUCGCUGCGUCCGUACUCAAGUGUGGUAAGCGUAAAGUCUGGCUCGACCCGAACGAGUCCAAUGAGAUUGCAUUGGCCAACUCUCGCCAGAACAUUCGCAAGCUUGUGAAGGAUGGGUUUGUCAUCAAGAAACCAGAGGUGAUUCACUCACGUGCUCGCUUUACAAAGCGCAAUGAGGCGAAACGUAAAGGUCGUCACACUGGCAUUGGUAAGCGUCGUGGUACAGCAAACGCGCGUUUGCCAUUUAAGGUGAUUUGGAUGCGUCGUAUUCGUGUGCUUCGUCGUCUUUUACGCAAGUAUCGUGAGGCCAAGAAGAUUGACAAGCAUAUUUACCAUGAGCUAUAUAUGCGCAGCAAGGGUAAUCAGUUUAAGAACAAACGUGUGCUCAUGGAAACGAUUCACAAAAUGAAGGCUGAACGUCAUCGUGAGAAGACACUAAAGGAACAAUCCGAGGCUCGCAAGGAAAAGGCCAAGUCUGCUCGUGAUCGCAAGGCACAAAAGGCUGCUGUUCCUGUUGUAAAGAAGGAGUAA